AUGGCACAGCGAGGAAAGAACAGUCUUGAGCCACCCUCAAGAGGGCGCCUUCCAGGAACCAGGCCCCUCAGUCUAGAGGAGUAUGAAUGCCUUGCAACGACACAUCCGUACGCCGUCAAGCAUCUGGCUGCGAAAAACGUGACACCAGUACUGUGUGCAGAUGCUACUGCGCGGCUCACUGCAAUUCGAGUACCUACGGGGCGGAAUGCUGGUAAUGAAGUAGACGAGGCGAAGCGUUACUUCGCACUGGGCAACAUGAGACAAUCGGACAGACUCCUGGUGGCAGGUAAACGAAUCGGAGUGACCCCCAGUGGCGCGCAGACUAGUAUUCAGCAGGGUGAGACCAAAUCGCACUGCUUGCACAACGAUGGGAAUGACGCCUAUCUGCAAAGAUAUGCAGUCCCUUCAUACGCUUGCAAGAGCGACAAGGCAUUCGAUCUUGAGCAAGUUGCGGCCGGUCCUGUGGGAGAAUUCCAGCCCUUCUCGAAGAUGGCGAGAUUCCCAGCACUGCAAGGCUCAUCAACCGGACACCAAGGGGUUAAAAAAUUGGAGAACAACUCAAGCAACGACACUCAAGGACCUGGAAGGCUACGCCUGCAUACUAGCGUAGCUGUGACAAGUCCGGGCAACCCAUGCGGGGAUGGAAUUCUGAAGUCGCAUCUGCACGUUUUCCAGUCUCCACAGGACUGUAGUAGAUGCACCGGACAAGCAGUGUCUCGCCGUCAACUACACAGCGCUAAACAACCAUGCUCAGACUAUAAAGCUCAUGCAUCCGAUUCAGCCAUGAUGCAUUCGAUGGAAACAGGCCAUACGGGGCCGGGCGAAGGCAACCUCGGUGGGGAUAAACGCUCAAUCGACCCUCAGGAAUAUGGAAGCUACAGGAGGGCAAGGCUUAGCGUGGUUGUUAUAAAUAGAAAGACUGGUGAGGACACACGAAAAGGGAGCGCAGAGUACAGGCUUCCCCACGGCGACAAGCGACAAGCAGGAGCCCACCCCAAAUACCCCCCUGGUCUAUACUCUAGACACGAUCCAGUAGAUGAAAAGCAGAACUCGCCUUCAUCAACUAGAGGUUUAUGCCCACAAAACAGAAAAUAUAUGCAACACGGAAACGAAUUUCGACGUGCUGCUAACCAGGAAUUUUGCAGCGAGGCGCUCCCUCGGCACGACGCAUACAUAGCGUCAGCUACACAUGGAGCCUAUUCCCACGAACCUUUCGGCUUCCCACGCCUGCGUGGCAACAACAGUUCGAAUGAGCAUUGCUUACCUGAAGGUCGACAUUACGUGCCAGCCGUCACCACAAAGCAACAACAGCACAUGACUGACAAUACCCGGCAUGCAAACCGCCGGAGGGCGUCUGAAGGGGAUAUUUCCGAAGCAGCAAAUACCCAAAAUGUGUCGCCAGCAUACCUGAGGAAACCAUAUCCGUACCACCAUUUGACAAACACGUCGCACCAAUUGGGGGAGCAACGUUUUGCGAAAAACAUAGGAAUGGCAGGCAAGACAACGACUGCAUUAAAAAAUACCAAAUCAGGUGGGCAUGCAGUAGGAAAUGGGUCUAAGGGACUAGGAUCAACUGGUUCGAGAACAGAAGGAGACUGCAAAGUACUUCGGGAGCGGGAAGGUGUGAGCAGUUUAGGAGGAGUAGGUAGCAUGGAAGUCUUGCCAGGAGCAUUUGCAUCUCGGAAGGGAUUUUCUUCUGGGGGGACUGAAGAAGGUUUGAGGUCGCGUGAAGUGACUGAACGGCAAGGGGAGCCGCAUGUUUCCCGAAGUCGGAAGGAAUACGGCAGUAUGUGUUCUGGAGCGGACGAAAGUAGAGAUGGUUGUGGCGCAGGAGGGCGUGUGACUGCAGCAGGUGGAGAACAGCGAAGAAGGUUAGUGGAAAGUGAACGAGAAGCUGAGGCAGGGACAAGCCACAGGCCAGAAGGCGGAGACGAACUCCCUCGUCGGAUCAGUCAAGAAGAUCAGACUAAUUUGCGGGGUUUUCGAAUGCCCUCAGUGGGGAUUGAUUUAGGUGGCGUUGGAGUCGGAGACGCCAGUUCUAGGGAGGGAACCGAAGCUGUUCAGUUUGAAACCUGCCGCUCACGUACAAGAUCCAAUAAGGCGUCUCAAUCAUGUCCCGUUUCAAACGGGCCUCUGAUAUCGGUAGAGUCUACUGCAAUUGACAAGCUCGCGUAUUUUUCAACAGCUAGUUCUGGGAACCUAGCGUCUGUGUUGCAGAGCGCUGUUUCUGUGAAGUCCACUUCUGAUAUGAAAUGCCGCAGCAGUCGCUAUAGCAUGGUGCUGCGCCACGCGACAGAGGGAGGGGACAUACCUAUCCGGCCAACUAAGAACAUCACUGCAAGUGGAACACGAUCCAUGCUAACGUCAGACGGAACAAUGAAGGCCCUGCUAGAGUGCGCAGGACCUUGUCCACAGGCAACGACGGAAUCUGAGCGUAUUACAGGGCAGCAGCAACCACCCUACAGUCUUCAGCAUGAUGCAGAGGCAAGGUGUGGCAAGACUGACCACCUACGACCAGACGAUCAGCACGUAGAUGGUGCCCGCAUGGAGAAACCAAGUGGUGACAGCGCUGCUCCUCAAGCCUGCAUUACGGGGCCGUCCUGUAUGGAUGCCACUGCAGUUGGCCGGCGAUUGACAGCACAGAACAAUAUGUGGUCAGCAGUUGGCAGCUACGAACCGUUGGCCUCUGUAGUAUUUCAGGAAUUGUACCCUCAAUUGUCCCGUGAACUCCAGGCACUCUGCAUGCAAUGCCUCGGCACAACAGACUCUCCAGAGCUGCGAGCACUAACAGAUAUUCAACAAGCAGCAAUGAAACUGGUUGCUGAACAAUCUGCUCGGAGAAGUAUUGAAGCCAAAAGCCGGCUUGCUGAGGUCUUCAAACGAGAAGGGCAGCCAAAAGGGGCUCUUGAGUCGCUGGAGCAGUUCCUGCUGGAGCGCUCGCCUAUUCUCAUCUACUUCGACAUUGUAAGCUUAACGCCACAUCUGGAGCAAGGCGGGUUCUUUAGGUCGCAUUUCGAAAUACCGCAAACGGACGCAACCUACUUGCGCAAAUGCAAUGAGAGAGAGCUAGCACUUUAUUGCGGUUUGUAUGAGCAUGAGUCCGUGCGACCCGAGCAUCAUCCCAAAUACGGCUAUGUAAGCGUGAACUGCAAACUUCAGCCGCCAUGGGAGCCGCAUUCCGGUGAAGCGUGUAUCAUCCUGAAAGACCACGUGAGAGUCAGGGCUACAAUUUCAGCAAACCAGUGUGAUGGGGCCGGCGUGUUAUCCUUUGGGCAUGAACCUUUAGUUGCCACCCUCAACAACCCCUGGCAUGUAUUGGAGCCUCUUGGGCAUGAGACCCUGGCGGCCUUAGCAGCCUUUGCUAAGAAACCAACGUCAAUGAGAGGCGCUGACAUCCCGGCACUGGUGGACUGCAACAUUCAUGGAGAGAUAAAGCUAGGGUAA